UCAAUCCAAGUGGAAUCUUUUCCUGGAUUUCGUGGCACUCCACUCUGCCUCUUAGUUACAUUGUAUCCAUCUCUAGUGCUGAAAGAUAUACACGGUCAUCAAGAAGAUAUGAGGAAACGCAACCAAAGGAAAUAACAUGUUUUGGAAAUCGUCUCGGUAUUGGAUUUACUGUUGGGAAAAUUAAGAUCGCUAAACUUGAAUUUUGAGAAUAUGCUCAUUCUACCCGGUAUUUCGAUUUUGAAACGGGAUCCUGAAGUGUGAUGGCUGCAGUCCAGUGAAUUGCUGGCCUUUCCUUUCUCCUGCUGCUGGAUGCCUUGGGAGUACAACGGAUUGUGUUGGUUUUUAUCAACGAGUGUUUACAAUUCAAGAUCAUAUAUACUUUCUGUAUUUAUGGAAUGUACAUAAUACGUCGUUGGAUUGGGGUUAGCAAGUGGGCUGGUUCAAUUACAUGGCUUUCGUUUUGUUACCACAUUACUAGCCAAGUGCUCAAUCCAAAUGAAGAUAUCCAGUGUUUCCCACAGAACAUGGUUGUCGAGGUGGAUCGGACUUAAGUUAGUUCGUAUUGGAGACAUGUGACUGUCAUCAUUGGGUCCGGACAGAAUCAUCCCUCGGUCCGGAUCCAGAAUGCAGUCCGCCGUUUGGCGAUGCCCGGUUUAAACCAUGAGUUGGCGGGAUCGUGUAACCAUUACGACAAGACAGUACAGAGAGACGGUUGAUGCAAGGAAGUGCUUUACAUUUUGCGGGCAAGAUGUGGGUACCUUGGAAGUUGAUAUCAGGACCUUGAGGCGACUGAAACCCCAUUCCCACAUCCAGUGGUCUGAGGAGUCAGACCUCAGUGUGACUCUCUCGGGCUGGUGGCACUAAAAUGUCCCUAAGUGGUGGCACUGCAGGCGGGAAAGGUGUGGACUCGAAUGCGGUGGACACUUACGACAGCGGUGAUGAGUGGGACAUCGGCGUGGGAAAUCUGAUCAUUGACCUCGACGCUGACCUAGAGAAGGACAAACUUGAGAUGUCUGGCACCAAGGAGGGCGGUGGCAUGGCGGCGCCCCCCAGUGCAGUCGCAGCUCUGCCAGACAACAUCAAAUUCGUGAGCCCCGUGCCUGCCCCCCAGGGAAAGGAAAGCAAAUCGAAAUCCAAGCGCAGCAAAAACUCUAAAGACAAUAACAAGGCUCCCACUGGAGAUGGAGCCAAGAAGGAGUCUCAGAGCCGGCCCCAAGCCGAGGCUCCGGGAACGCCGGCAAGUGCCCCAGCAGCAGCAGCAGCAGCAGCAGCAGCAGCAGCAGCAGCCACUGGAAACUCUACUACGCCCAGCAAGGGCAUCGAGAAGGCGGCGAAAGCCUCGCGGAGUGUACCCAACACGAAGAAGGAUAAGGACGGAACGAGUGCGAAGAGCAAGAAGGAGAAGGAGGUUCUAGGGGGUCCCGUGGCGGUGGUCGCCAUCGAGAGGGAACCCGCAGCGCCGGCGCAAGCACAUGGAGGUACUCGGAACGCCUCCUUUGAGAACACUCAGAGUGCGGUGGACUCGACUGAGGCCGAGGAACAUGGGAAUAACACGUUGGAGCCCGUAGGGAUUGUACCCCCGCUGGCUAUUAAAUCUGAGCCUGAGGAACUGGACAAUAGUGAAUGCAGACCUCUGAAGAAGGUGAAAAAUGAAAAGAUGGACUCUCCGGUCUCCACGCCGGCCCCUCCCCCGCUCCACCUCCUGGCGCCGGUGGGCACGGCCACGGACAUCGCCUCACCCUGCGAGCAGAUCAUGGUGCGCACGCGCUCGGUGGCCGUCAACACGGCCGAGGUGGCCCUGGCCACCGAGCCCGAGUGCCUGGGCCCCUGCGAGCCGGGAACCAGCGUCAACCUGGAGGGUAUCGUCUGGCAGGAGACCGAGGACGGCAUGCUGGUGGUGAACGUGACCUGGAGGAAUAAGACGUACGUCGGGACACUGCUGGACUGCACCCGACACGACUGGGCCCCACCCAGGUUUUGCGAGUCUCCAACCAGUGACUUGGAGAUGAGGAACGGCCGAGGGCGUGGCAAGAGGAUGCGUCCCAACACCAACACGCCCGUGAACGAGAACAGCAACUCGUCGGACAACAAGGGCAGCAACAACAGCAAGACGCGCGCCGGCUCCAACAGCAAGGGCCGGCGCGGCAGCCAGAACUCCUCGGAGGGCCGCACCCCGCCCAACAGCAACACUGAGGACGUCAAGGCCAGCCCCUCCUCGGCCGGCAAGCGCAAGAGCAAGCCCGCCUCCGACAUGGAGCCCAACUCCAGCUCCGAGGACACCAAGGGCAACAAGCGCAUGCGCACCAACUCCAGCAGUGGCGGCGGGCCGCUCAACAUGCCCAUCCCCAACAUCAAGACCGAGUCGUUGCCCCCGCCGCUGGACCGCAACUGCUCCUCCCCGGUGCUCAUCGACUGCCCCCACCCAAACUGCAACAAGAAGUACAAGCACAUCAAUGGCCUGAAGUACCACCAGGCCCGUGCUCACAACGACGAGGACAUCAAACUGGACAUGGACGGGGACAGUGAGUACGGGGAGGACUCCACCCUGCACCCAGAGUCUGGGGGAUGCAACGGAGCAUCCAUCUCCCAGAAGGGCUCCCUGUCCCCAGCUCGCUCUGUGACGCCCAAGGGACGGGGGUUUGAUGCCCAGAGUCCCUCUCCUUCUCCGGGGAAGUUUGGCUCUAAGCAGGCCGGCAAGAAGAGGAACGGGGACGUGGACCCGGAGGCGUGCGGCACACCCAUGGACGGUUGCGAAGACGGCCCGUGUCUGACCGACGAGGCCAGCAACGACGGGGUGGAGAACAAGGACAAGUCUAAAAAGUCCAGCAGCGGCGCCAAGUCGGACAAGCUGCAGCAGAAGAACAUCAAGUCGUCCCGACCCCUGCCUCAAAACAUGCCACCUCAGCAGAUGUACUCCCUGCAGCCCUCGCCGUUCCCCGGGGGGAGUCCCGGCAACCCCGGCCAAGGGAUGAGCUCUGCCAUGCAGGGGAUCCCCAAGAGCCCUCAGCUGAAGGCUAUACAGCCCAAGCCCUCAGCGAUGGGGGAUCCCUCCGCCAUGAGCCCGGCCAUGAGUGGCUCCAAGGACAAGAAGAAAAAGGACAAGAAAAAGAAGGAUCCCGGGAAGGAGGCCGACAGUCCCAAGCCAUCGGGCAAAGGAGGGCGGCCCGACGGCGGGAAGAGCCCCUACUCUGAAUCCUCGGAUCCCGGGGGCAAGAACGAUAGCCUCCUGAACGGCUCCGAUCCCCACCAGAGUCGCCUGGCCAGCAUCAAGGCUGAGGCCGACAAGAUCUACAGCUUCUCGGACAACGCUCCCAGCCCGUCCAUUGGGGUGGCCAGUCGCAUGGACAGUGGUGGCGUCGGCCAGCCGCUCAACCCCCUGCACGUGGUCACCCAGAACGGCGCCGACAACUCCUCGGUGAAGACCAACAGCCCCGCUUACUCUGACAUCUCCGACGCUGGCGAGGAUGGGGAGGGUAAGGUGGAGGGCAUGAAGAGCAAGGCGGAAGACCAAGCUGUGAGGGAGGGGGCCAAGAAGGCCCUCUUCGCCGGCCAGCCUCCCAACAAGGAGUCCCCCUACUACGCCAGCUACGAGAACUACUACUCCCCCAAUUACACUAACCCCAGCCCGGGCGCUGCGACCGCUGGCGGCCCCGUGAUGGAGGGCCCCAAUGUGAAGAUCAAGAAGGAGGAGGAUUCUGAGCAUCCGGGCGAGGAGAAAGGCAAGCUGGACCUGCACGACGAGCGCAAGGCGGAGCUGGGCGCCCCGGGCCAGCCGCCCUCUCAGCACCCCCAGCAGCAGCAGCAGCAGCAGCAGCAGCAGCAGCAGCAGCACUCAGUCAUCCAGCAGCGCUCCAACAUGUACAUGCAGCCGCUCUACUACAACCAGUACUACAUGCCGCCCUACGGCUACCCGGACCAGGUCUACCACAACCACCUGAUGAACACCAACGCCGCCUACCGGCAGCAGUACGAGGAGCGGCAGAGGCAGGUGGCGGAGCAGCACCGGGCCGCCGAGAAGAAGUCCUCGGAGACCCCCUCAAAGGACCGCGAAGGCCCAAUGAUUAAGGAGGAAUGGAAGCAGAAGCAGGCCUCGGGGCCCCCGGCACUCUCCAAAGCGCCCAGCCUGUCGGACCUGGGGAAGCCCCAGUCCAUGGGAGGCAAGCCUAAAGACUCCUCCUCCUCCUCAUCCUCCUCCAUGGAGGGCGGCAAGUCGGUCAUCAUCCCCAAGGGAGAGGAGGCCAAGAUGGCCGCCCAGCAGGCCGAGGGCCUGAAGAUGAAGCUGAGCGAGGGUGGACACCACGGCAAGGAGGAGCCCAAGAGUAGCAUGGAGCCUGGCAGGCAACCAGGCAUGGAUCAGGCCAUCUGGUACAGACAGGAUCCCUACGGCUACCCCAACAAGUUCCCCGAGGCUCAGAAGCAGCAGCAGCUGGAGGAGGAGCGCGAGCGAGAUCGCAAGGGCAAGGACGACCGACCCCGGCCCAAGGAGAUGUCCGCCAAGGAGGAGGGCAAGGACGCCAGUGACCCCCGGACAUCGGCCGCCUCCUCCGCCUCCGCCGAGGACCACAGAGGGCCCCAGAAGGACCCCCGGCCCAACGCCCACAUGCAGUUCCCCUCCGCGCUGGCACAGCACCAGCCCUACGUCCCCUACAUGCACGGCUACCCCUACGGCCAGGGCUACGACCCCAAUCAUCCCGGAUACAGAGGCAUCAUGAUGCAGAACUAUCCAGGCUAUCUGUCAGCGGGCUACUCCUUCUCCCCGUAUGGCGGCAAGGUGCCGAGCGGCGAGGAGGGAGAGAAGUCCCGCGCCAGCCCCACAGUGAGCAGCAAAGCGGCCUCGGAGUCCAAGGCCCUGGACAUCCUCCACCAACACGCCAGCCAGUACAAGAGCAAGUCCCCCACCGUGGGCGGGGGUGGCGGCGGCGGAGGGGGAGGCAGCGGUGACAAGCAGCCCUCGCAUGAGCGGGAGCGCGGGGCCGGCGACCGCGACCGGGAGCGUGAGCGCGACAGGGAACGUGAGCGCGACAGGGAGCGAGAGAGGGACCUGGACAGGCCACGCUCCUCCCCCUCGCAGCGGGUCAUGCCCUCUCAUCACCACCUCGGCUACUCCCUGCUCUCCGGGCAGUACGACCUCCCCUACCCCACAGGUCUGUCGUCCUCCGCCAUCGUUGCCAGCCAGCAAACCUCAGCUCCCUCACUGUAUCCGCCUGCACGGAGGUGAGAACGGGAGACCUGACAUCACCACCUCACUUGCUAAUGAACAUGUGACUGGCUCACAUGAGGACAUAUAUGGAGUUCAUGUAGACAUCAGUUGAAUGGUGUUUCUAUAUUUUUAUUUUCGUUUUUCUCUCUCUCUCUCUUGUUCCUGUCUCCUGUUUUUUGCUCUCCUGCCUGAAUGUGUGGCAGGACGUUUUGAUGUUUCCGAGCAUCUUAUAACCUCCGAUCCCAGCGCGGACCGCAAGACCAGUUUCCUCUCAAAGCCAUCUGUCCUCCGUCAAACGAAAAACGCAAGCCUGCCACUGAACUAAUAUUCUGCACUGUCAAAAACAACAAGCCAUGCAAGAUAAAAAAGAGACCAUUACCAUUGCCUUGUCUGGCCUUUGAUUCAUGGAAUAACCUUUUUCUCACGUGCGGAAUAACGGGCCCAGAGAUGGAGAAGUCUGGAUUGCAGUGGUUGAACAAUAAUAAAUAAAGCCUGUCGGAAGAAAAAAAAUAGACAAAAAGAGAAAAAAAAACUACAAAAAAAAGAAACUGUUUAUCAUGUUGAAAUGAUUGAAGUUGUUGCCCUUUUGCUCUUCAGUGUGCAUCCUCACAAAUACAAACGGAAAAAAAAAAUGUGUAUGGUAAAAGUGAAAACUGUUUUUAUCUUUAUUUUUUUUCGGAGUUGCUGCUCUUUGUGGAGAUGGAGCAGGGACACAGGAGCUGACACUCUGGAGACGCCCAGCAUGUGUUCCUAAGCGAAAUGCACACAUGUACAUACAAGACAUGACUACAUACACACUCUUACACGUACAUGCUAGCACGCACACAUACACACAGUCCUCAUCACUACAUCCUUAAGACUUUAUUUUCUUUUUGUGUUUUUUUGUUUGUUUGUCUGUUUGUUCUUUUUUCCCAAAAUAUGCCAUUAGCCACUUGAGCUCAAAAGACUAUCUCCAUUGUCCAUGAUAUGUUGAUACAUUUUUGUUCUUUUUUUUUUUAGCAAUUUGGUUCUUCGGUGCAUGGCUGAUGGCACUUCGUAGACUUUUGUUUUAUGUUCAUUUUUUUUUGUUUUGUUUUGUUUUUUUUGGUUGUCUCACUCAUUUUUUGUUCUCCUGCUUUUGAAGAAUGGCCUUGGGCUCAUGGCUAAACUAGUUGGUGUGCCCAGGUCAGCUGCCUCAACAGACUGUAAGGGGGGGCCUUGUUCUCCAUGUGAGGUGGCGGAUGAAGCUCGGCCUUGUCUACUGUUUGAGUCGGGCUGUCUCUCAGCAGUGUCUGAGCCUCUGCCAGCCUCCCCUCGUCUCUGCUUGGACUUCGGAGGAUUCUCAUAGCGGCUCUUUGCUGGCUCAUGGCUACACUUACUUGUCCUUCAUGUGUCACUCGAGUCGGAUAAGCGGUGAACCCGACGAGGAAGGUCGCUCACCCUCCGGAGAAAGCAAAGUGAUUAUUUUUUUCCCCUCUCUGCCUCACCUCGGGUUGGAAAAGUGAACCGCUCCCUCAGUUUGGGGGAGUCCCCGCUUCUGGUGAAGCUCACGGCCCUCCUCCGUCUGCCUCUCACCCUCUCCUCCCUCACAGCACGUGCCUCUCUCGCCGCUUGGUGGAAAACACCCCAAAACUGGCGCUUCGCUCCCCCUGUCGCACCAAUGCUCUGCUUCUUAACUGUGCCCGUGUCGAUUGGGGGGAGCCAGCCACAAAUGUUGGGGGUUUGAGGGAGGACUUUGUCAUGUGAGGAUUUACUCGUAAUGCAGAUGCAGUUGGACCCACUGAACUGUGCACUGCAACGAAAAAAAACAAACAUUAAAAAAACUGUCUCGCUGCCCACGAGGAGAGGCAAGAGCGCAAACGGAACCAGAUGUCAUCUCUGGUUCAAAAAACGCAACUCCCCAGACAUUUACUGUUGUGUACGCGGGGUAGAGAGCUAGCUACAGUGGCAUCCACAUGGGGAAAGGAGGGGAAAAAAGACGUCAGGAAAAAGCCGUUUGACCUUUUUCGAGAUUUUAGCUUGUAUUCUAUUUGUUCAAGGAGACCUUGUGUGUAAGUGCUGUGAAUACUAGUAACACAAAGUGUUUUUUUUCUGUAAAACAACCACUCAAAACUCUGUUCAUAUUUACAGUUCCCCCCCCCCCCUCUCUGUCUCCAGGAGCAACAUUUUCAUGGUUUUCAGUUUCUUUUUCUCCAGUAGGGUGUCAAUUUUAGCAUGAAGUCCCAUAUUAUCCAGUAUCCUCUCAGGCAAAGCACACUGAUCCAUAGCUUCAACAUUGUUGGGUUUUUCUCUCUCUCUCUCUUUCUCCCCCUCUCCUCUUCCUCACCAACAGUAAGAUAUCUGUAUAUAAUGAACAGAGGUAUAAUUUUAACGAUUUUUGGAUUGCCAUUACCACCAUUCAGCCAAUCUCCCAUACGGCCCACCCAACCCCACCACCGCCCCGUCCCCCAGUGUCACUUACACAAAUACUGUAGCAGCUCUCAUUUUUACAGUUCUGUUCAGUUUUUUCUAUAUACUUAUAUAUUUUAAAGCUCUCCACCCAGCUCGCUUCGAGUCAUGUCCACAGUUGGUAACACUUUGCCCCAUACGUCGAGAGAAAGGGUGUGUUUUUAAUCUGAAACCAAUUGGCUGAACCUGCCUACAGCCAGUGACGACUCUGUGUCAAUCUAAAAGCACCGCCCUUGUAUGAUUGUCAACAUUUCAAGGCUUUUACAGUUUUAUGGAUCCCCCCCCUCCCAGUAAAUAAAAAAUACAAAAAGAUAAAUAUCACAUUUUGAGCCAGUUGUAUUUUUUGUUUAUUUUGAUUUGUUUUUGUUUUGGUUUUUUUGUCAACUUGUUAUGGGAGACCCAGUGGAAAAGGGGGUUUUAACUCUCGCCUCAACGCAUGGCUGUACAGGUUAUGAAGUUGUUGUGCGUCCAGUGAGUUACUCUGGUCCUCAGACUCCUAAAGCUGUUGUCCAGAGCCUCCACUGUUGUUCACCAUCAAGGCAAAGGUAGAAACGUAGAGCUGACUGACAUUGUUCUUGCCAUCUGAUGUUUGUUCAAUAGUUUUUUGCAGUAUUAUAGCUUUCGUGGUAAAGUUUGAUUAUUUGGCCUUAAAAAAAGUUACCCCCCUUGAAGGCCAAGACUAUGGUGUUGUCAUGUUUAAGGGAGGGAAUUUGAUGUUCAUUUUUCCACUUUCUUACAACUGAAAAUUCUAAUCGUGGAAUGCCGAUGUGGCUGGUUAUUUUUAAAACACAAGAAGGUUAUGACACUAAAUGAACAGUUCAUUGCCACAUAUAGGCUGCUGUAGCGUACAGUCCAGUCCCUGAGUUUGAGUAAUAAUGAGACUGUUCCUAUGUAUGUUUUUUUCACAUCUAAUUUGUUCUGGAUAUAUCAAGAGCUGUAAUGUCAUUCUGUGUGUUACAUGUUCCUAAGAAGUGGCUUUAGUACUAGUUGAUAUUGACUGGCAUGAUGAAGCUUUCUCUCUUUUUUUUCUCCAAGGAUGAGCAGAAAUUGAAACGUUAUCUGGUUUUUAAAGUAUAGCCACCAAUCUUUGUUGAUCACAGAAUCCCUUGAUGUUGCAGAGGUAAAAUACAUUAAGCGCUUUAAUGGUUAAUAAUUUAUUUUUGGUUUUGUUUUUUUAAUUGGGUAGUACCAUCAUCUGAGGAAGAUGCGUCUUUUUUGUUUUGAUUUGCUUUUUAAAAACCCUUACACCAUGGCUUUCAUAAUUUCUUAACAAGCAAACAUUGAUAAGACGUCCAAUGUUUUACCCAUUUGGGUGGAUUCAUGCACUAUUUUAUCAUGGUGUUUUGCUUCCCAGCAUUUGGGUUUUUUUCUUUCUCUUUUUGACUCCUGCUCUCCCUUUCCCUAGCCCCAUAUAGUAAACUUCGCAUCCCCUCUCUUCACUCAAACCUAAGAGGGUCUGUCAUUAAGUAUCAGUCAUCGGUACUUAACAAAAGGAUGUUUACAACUUCUUCUUUUUUUUCUUGCUUCGUUUUUUGAAAUUCAUUCCCCCAGAUGUAUCACCUUCCUCCCACCACAGCUGAUCUUUCCCCUACUGGAGUUGUCCUCUGAUGUAAAGUGUACAUUACCAUGUUUCUUUUUUUAUACAAUACUGUAACUUGCCUUUGUACAUUUGGGCAAAAAAAAUAAAUAAAUCUUUUUAUGAGACAAUCA